AAAUACACAGCAAAACUUGCUUGACGUUGUGGAGAAAACAUUUGGACCACGCUGCUGCACUCGAAUGUCUCUGACAUAGCUUUUGUUUUUUUUAUUCCGCUUUCCGAGUCACGCUAAAACACAUUCUGCGCGUCAUCUUGUCUACUCACAGAAAGCGGCAGAUUCCUGCUGAUGCAGUGAUGUCUUGAAAUGCCAGGAGCUCGCUUAUUGCCCCGUACUGUAUCUCCCCCUCCUGAAUUGCAGCGCAAGAUUUCUCCUGCAGUAUACUGUAAGCUGCUCACACCAACGUGCUGCCGCGUGAGGAAGUCCCGGAGCUGAAGCUUUUCCAGCUCAGGCUUCCACAUUACACUCUCAUGUUUUUGGUCCUGUUUCAUCUCAUCUUGCGCGAAGAUGUUUAGAUCUGAGGACACUUCAGUCAGAAUGGCGAUGAGCACAGUAAGGCUAGGGAUUUCUGUGUUUUUUACUGCAAUGUAAAGUUGCCUCAUGACACCCACUGGUGCCCUGCUGUUGGAUGAUUUUACUCAAGGAUAAGACGCAUUCAAGACCUGCAAGAGUAACUCACGAGGCAGCAGUAACAACAGCAGAUGCAUCGGAGAGCAGCAAUGGUCAAGUCAGCGAGAACUGCAGUGGAGCCGCACUGAGGCAAAGCAGCCAGCCAGCCCCCCUCAAAUCUGGGGACGUCUCCAACAAUUUAAGGGGUGUGGGAAGCUGAGGAGAGGAAAAUUUCCCUCAACCUGAAUGCCUGCUUAGUCAGACUUAUCAACAUCCCAACAAAGCUCCUCUUCCUCUUCCUCUUCCUCUUCCACCACCACCUCCUCCUCCUCCUCCUCCUCCUCCUCCUUCCAAAAUGACAGUGGUAGCAGGAGAUAACAUGGAUGAGGCCUCGGCUGUCCCUGGCCACCCUCAGGACACCUACCCCCCAGACAACAAUGACCAUGAAUGUUGUGAAAGGGUGGUCAUCAACAUAGCUGGUCUCCGGUUUGAGACACAGUUGAAAACUCUCUCCCAGUUCCCAGAAACGUUGCUGGGCAACCCUAAAAAACGGAUGCGGUACUUUGACCCCCUGAGAAACGAGUACUUCUUUGACAGAAACCGUCCCAGUUUCGAUGCCAUUCUCUACUACUACCAGUCUGGGGGGCGGCUGAGAAGACCAGUUAAUGUCCCUUUGGAUAUGUUUUCAGAAGAAAUCAAAUUUUAUGAGCUGGGAGUGGACGCCAUGGAGAAGUUUCGUGAAGAUGAGGGUUUCAUCAGGGAGGAAGAGCGUCCUCUACCUGAGAAAGAGUUUCAGCGUCAGAUUUGGCUGCUCUUUGAGCAUCCAGAGAGCUCAAGCACUGCGAGAGGGGUUGCCAUAGUGUCUGUGAUGGUGAUCCUGAUUUCAAUAGUCAUAUUUUGUUUAGAGACUUUACCUCAACUAAAAGAGGACCCAAUGGGCCGCAUGGUGACAGUUGGAAAUACUACUGUUUAUUACAAGCCAAAUAUCCUCACUGACCCCUUCUUCGUCAUUGAGACACUCUGUAUAAUCUGGUUCUCUUUUGAGUUGAUUGUUCGCUUUCUUGCGUGCCCAAGCAAGCCAGCCUUCUUCAAGAACAUGAUGAACAUGAUCGACAUAGUGGCUAUCAUCCCAUACUUCAUAACACUCGGCACUGAGCUGGCUGAAGACCCAGAAAAAGAGGGAGUGGGUGAGCAGGCAACAUCUCUGGCCAUUCUCAGGGUGAUCCGUCUGGUCAGGGUGUUCAGGAUCUUCAAGCUGUCACGACACUCCAAAGGACUGCAGAUUUUGGGACAGACCCUCAAGGCCAGUAUGCGAGAGCUUGGAUUGCUGAUCUUCUUUCUGUUUAUUGGAGUCAUCUUGUUCUCCAGCGCUGUCUUCUUUGCCGAGGCAGAGGAGCCAGACUCCUACUUUGGCAGCAUCCCAGAUGCAUUUUGGUGGGCUGUGGUGUCUAUGACAACUGUGGGCUAUGGGGACAUGGUACCGGUCACUAUAGGAGGCAAGAUUGUAGGAUCUUUGUGCGCCAUUGCUGGAGUGUUGACAAUUGCACUCCCAGUGCCUGUUAUUGUGUCCAACUUCAACUACUUCUACCACAGGGAGACAGAGGGAGAAGAGCAGGCCCAGCUCCUCAACGUCAGCAAUCCCAACAUCCCAUCUGAAACCAACUCCAGCCGCCGUAGUUCAUCCACCGUCAGCAAAUCAGAGUACAUGGAGAUUGAUGGAGACAUAAACAAUAGCAUCGACAACUUUAGGGAGGCAAACCUCAGAACUGGAAAUUGCACUAUAGCCAACCAGAACUGUGUAAAUAAAAGCAAGCUGCUAACAGAUGUUUAGAAACUAGUUAGAAACUUUGGGAUCUCAUUGGAACUGUCAUACGUGGAGUAGACCAUCAGUUAGGAAUGCUUCAUUUACCUCUCCAAAGCACUCUAUGGCAUUAGGCCUACAACUAUGCUCAGCUACAUAGGAAGGAAUCAGAAAAGCUAAGCUCUUAGAGUAUAUGACAGGUAGAUAGAAUAAUUAAUUAUUAUGAUCCUACAAAUAUAUAGCUACGUCAAAAAGAGAACAUUAAUUAUUACGCAUAUACACUCCCUGGAGGACACAGAGUAUGCACUGUCUUAUCAGAAGAGGGUGUGAUAAUUAAAAUCUUAUGCAUGGAGUACAGAUAACAUUUCAGCAAGUUGCACAUUGCACCAUAAAAAGUCUGCAGAGACAUGCAAGCAUCUGCAGCCAAGUGGUAAGCGCCAAGAAGUUAGGUGACCCCUGCUCCCCCCCCCCCCUCAUCGCUCUCCUGGCUCCCUAUGAAGGAUCUACUAUUCAGCAAAGCACCUUAUAGGAGGAAGACUGAUCUCUCUUGUUUGGAUGUAAACAGAUGGUGAUCUACACGCUUCACAGACAUCCGCAAUGCUGCUGUUUUCCAGCAGAUGCUGUAAUUGUGAUAUCACCAAGUGAUUCAAUGCCAUGCCCUUUAGACGCAACACAGCACAAUGAUAAAGUGAGCUUCACACGAGCAUGAUUAGAGACUUUCCAUUUUGAUAUCAGCAUGCAUGAGACAUAUCUCACACAAUGGAAAGGAUGUUGUUUUAGAUACCUGCCUCCAUCCCCCCUUUCUCAUCAGUUUUCAUUCUGAGUGCACUGGAUGCGUUUUUAAUUUGAAAUGCUAAUCAUUUAGAAGUAUAGAAAUUGAAUGUUAAAUCUUAAGGGAACAGUACAUAAAUGAGAUCAUAGCAUGAAAAAAGUAUCCUGCAUUAUGGUCUAUCGACUAAGGUACUUUUGUAUCCUGGUCUAUUUAAUGCAUGACAUGAUUAUACAGCUUGUUGCAAUUCAGGCACUCUGCUGUGUCCUAUUGUCAGGGAAACUAAGGAAAUCAAAUUCUGGAUGUUUCUGAAUUGCGAUGAAAAAUAUAUCCAAACCCAACUUGAGGAUGCAGAGUUUCUAAUUUAAGAGUAGUCGAAGAAACUGAAUAAAUAUUAUCAAAAAUGCAUAUAAUCAUAAUAAGCAGAAAUUACAGUACUAAGUCAAUAGAAGCAGUGCAUGGACCUUCUUUGAACAGGAAAAGUUAACACAUCAUUAGUCAUGCUUCCAUUUCCCCCAACAAAAUUGAGUACGUAUUGGUUUAGGAUCCACACAAAAAAAUGGAUCAAUACCAAAUUUCACUUAAUAUUACAGAGAAUUAUUGUGACAUUAGUUGCUAGUGCCUUUAUCCCUUUCACCAACAGGACCAGUGAAAGUGCCUCUGUGUACAGUGGGAUUUGUGAGGUUGAGAAGAGCUGGUUUACCUUCUGUUCUCGUGUUGAUACACUGUUGGUUUUGAUGUUAAUGAUGCCAGGUGAGCAAGGUUGAAACAGUAGGUGAAUGGGUAAAAAAAAAAAAAAGUUAAAAAAAUAAGAUGAUCCAUGGCUGUUAUGCACAACCCAGUUUUCAUGCCGUCACGCACUUAAUUAUGCCCUUAAGCAGCAAUGUAUUGUACUCUGCAUGUUUACCAAUCCAAUUUAAAAGGGAAUAUCCAUAGGUUUGAAAUAUAAUUUACUUAUGUUGUUUUUUUUUGUUCAUGCACCGCGCAUCCUUUCAGGGUCUCUACCUCAGUGAGGUCAUUGCAAACUUGCUGCAGAGCUGCAAGCUUCAAUGCAGGGCUUCCUAUACCAUAAUGCAAAAUGGAACCUUAAGUGUAAACUGCAGUCAUGCAACAUUGAAUGUGAGAGUCCCAAAGCAUAGCCUUUACACAAGCACUUAGGGCAUAUAGAAUAUCACAAUCCCGCUCCUUUCUUUCACUUAAAGCUACGCACAAUCAGAACAUUCAUUGUACAGAUUGUUUGACUCUCCUGACAGGAUGAGAUUGACUGUUUUAUAUGUUCGUUUCUUUGACACAAUGGUAUUUAAGUAACUGUUGUGUCACAGAAACACACCUGAAUGUGUCUCAACAAACACAUGUCCAUGUGUAUAAGACAGUAGAGAUGUUAGAGUUUUAAAUCAUGUCAUCUUGAAACCCGUGGGCAUUAUGAUGCACAGCUAAGUGCUGCCCGUCUUUUUGCACAAUCAUUUUUUUCUGUUGCUUGAAAUUCAUUUUUUUUUUUUCUGCUUGUGAGAUUUAUUUUUUUCACAAUAGUGCAUUGUUUCUGAGCAUAUUGUUCCAGAGAGGCUUACUGCAGAUAGAUUGGGACAAAUUGUAGUGGCUAUUUGAAAAUCUCAAAGCUACUGUACAUCCAUCAACAUGCAACACAAUAAUGGGAAGACUUUGUACUAUACUGUACUGUACACUCUUUUUUUAUAUAUCACUCGUCUGACAAGAUCUUGUUUAAAACAUAAGCUUCACUGCAGUGCUACUUGAAUUUCAUAGUCUUUUCUGUUGGUGCAACGGCUAUCCUUUGUGAUGCUAGUACAGGACUACUGUUGUUAUGUCCCCAUCACAUGUUAUUUGAAGCAUUAGCUAAAGCAAGCCUUUAAUUGUUUUGAACGAGCCUUUUUCCAUUCUUUAAUUCUUGUUACUGUUUUGUUAUUGGUGGCUGGUUGGUUAGUUUAGGGUUCUGUUAUUAUUUGAAACUGAUCUUUGUACUGUACUGCUGAAGAGUGUCUGACUCUGGCGAGGUGAAAAUAUAAUGGAGCCUUUUUGGACGUUAGUAACUUAUCAUGAGCGCAAAAAAAGAUACAUAUUUGUGUCAGGGAUUUUCAAUUUGUAUAGCGUUUCUCAUCGAGGUGGACACCAAUAUUACCCCAUACAACACAUUAUAUUAUAGGAUGAAAGAAGGAAAUUAUAGUAGUCUCUUAAAUGCAGCUAUCAGGAAAAAAAGUUAGCUUUUAUCACACGUUUCUAAAAAAAAACCGAUGCUUGAAAAUAGAUGUUGGCAACAUCUCCUGAAAAAGCAGAAAAGUGAGAUGUAGAAAAUAUGAAUGAUGCCCUUCAUGUUAGCAGUGCUGUUGCUAGUCUUGCUGUGGGGACAUUUAUGGAUGGUGCUAUGCAUUCCAUUACCCAAAAGAGACAUGCAUUCUUAACAGCAAUAGAAUAACAGAUAACCUGUUUCUUAGAUGCUUUUUUUGUAAUAAGAAAAUAAAAUAGGAAAACAAAUCUAUUUUGAAUGUCAAAGAAACUGCAAUCACUUGACGGAAAACUCACAACAGGGCUGUUUGUGAUCCUCUGUGCUGGGUGUUGUAUGGUCGAAUGUAGAGGCUGAUAUUGUAUCGAGAGAAACCGUGAAAAGUUCAAAUAUAGGCUUUGUAAUAGCUUCAGUCCCCAUUAAACACGCAGGUAAGGCCAGAGUUGUUUUGCAGUCAGGAACAAAGGCUGCAAAGAGUUCAGUCAAACCUAUAAGGCAGUCCCAAAGGAAAAGCCCAUAAUGCACUUAGAGAGGAUCUAUCUUCAGUCCACUGGACUGAUCAGCUGUGUGAGAGCAAGUCAGAGAAGGUGCCUAAAAUGUUUUACAUAUUUAUUUGUUUAGCUUACUGUUAGUUAUUAGGCUUCUGCAAGCAAACAUGAGAAAGAAGAUCUUAAAAAAAUUACAACAUUAACCUGAUUAAACAAUAAAAAAAAAAAACAUGAAAUAUCAUGAGAACAAAAUGCAAUUUAGCUACAAUAAGGUAGAGAAACGUAACCACUAUAUACUGCAAAUACCUAUGAAACUAUUUUACUGUGUGUCUUUGUUUUCUUUUUAAUUUUUUGUGGCACACUUAGGAAGAACAUGCCAUAUACUGGAAUGUCAAAGACAAUAUAUUUCUCUGGCAAGCCAUGAUAAUGAAACUACUGUAUACUGAUCAAUUGCUACACACUAAAUGAUAUGAACAAGAAGUGUACUAUUUAAAAUAUACAAACAUAUUGUUUGUCUCUUUGGUUUCAAGAAACAAAAAAACAAGAUUCAUUCAAACACCAUGUUCACAUUUCACCACUGCUGAACCUUAUUGCUAUAAUGUAUCUCUACAGAAACCUACUAAUCGCAAAAAACUGCAUGGUCGAUGGACGACUGCAUGAGUUUUGCCUUUCAAACUGCGGAUCAACUAUAAAACGGUUGCAUCAUUUUUAAAAAGAAACCCUUGCUUUCAUCUGCACCAAGGCUUCCUGUAAGGCCCUGUUCAGAAGUAGGGAUGAAACUGGUCCUCUGCUGGAUUUCUUAAAAGCACCUUAGCGCUGACCUCAUCCCGAAGACUGCGUUGGGUGAUCAAGGUUGUUCCUACUAGUCUCUGAGUGUGAGCAAGGACAAUAAGGGCUAGUUUCUCAAACUUUAUCUCUAUUCUAGGACUGAAACACUCUUUCAAGUGACUUUUUGUCUGUUCUCAUCUCAGUCUAGACUGUAGUGAUACUGCGUUGUUGGAAACAUGCCCAUCAUGUCGAAGCAGGGCCUGUGCCACACACCCUCCUUUGUACAACAUCAGUUUUAAGGCAUUCUAGUCUGCUAGAGGUCUUGGUGUUGGACUGCUUUCUGCCUGCUGAGGAGGCACUGAACAGGAUGAAAGGUCGGGAAGUUGUGUACCUCCUCGCCAAAGAUGAGAAAAUCUCGAUUGUGUUAGGAGUGCAUUGUCUACAAGUUUGUCUUUUCUCUCAAGAAUGCACGUUUGAAUGCUAGUAGGGAAGAUUUUGGAGCAAAAAUGCAAAAGGACUGUUGAACUCGUCUGCUCUUCUUUUCAUCCAAAAAGCAAACCAAACUCUGAUUGUGUUACCUUAUCCAGCUGUCAUUGUCAUGUUGUGUUCACCAAGGAUUAUGCUACAAUGUUUUCAGUUUGUCAGAGGAUGACAAAGGCAUGGUCUGUGAUCUAUGCAAGGGUUAUUAAUUUUUUUCUUAUCACUUAUGAUUUCACCUUACAUUAACUUCAAUAAAUUUUUAAGGAUC